AUGGCGAUGUUGUUGAUUUUGGGUUGUUUGAGCGUGAGAAGCUUUGGGAGGGAGCUGUUGAGUGGGGAUGAGGAGAAGCAAUUGGGGCUGGCUAAGGGAGGAGGGUUAGGGUUUGGAGGAGGUGUCGGAGGUGGUGGUGGGUUUGGGAAGGGGGGAGGGUUGGGAGGUGGGAUUGGCAAAGGAGGUGGUUUUGGUGGUGGUAUUGGGAAGGGAGGGGGUUUUGGUGGGGGGAUUGGUAAGGGAGGAGGUUUAGGCGGUGGUAUAGGGAAGGGAGGAGGGGUUGGUGGAGGUGGGGGAUAUGGGAAGGGAGGAGGGUUAGGUGGAGUUGUGGGAAAAGGUGGGGGCUUUGGAGGGGGGAUAGGGAAAGGUGGAGGCUUUGGUGGUGGGCAUGGUGGGGGAGCCGGAGCGGGUGGUGGGUUUGGCAAAGGAUGGGGAAUUGGAGGCGGAUUUGGCAAAGGUGGUGGUUUUGGAGGAGAUUUGGGGGAGGGGUUGGUAAGGGAGGUGGAUUUGGAGGAGGUUAUGGUGGGGCUAAUGGAGGCGGUGCUGGUGGCGGCGGCUUCGGUGGAGGGGGAGGCGGUGGUUGUGGUGGUGGAGGUCAUGGAGGUGGUGGGUGGGUUUAAGCUUUGGAGUGGAGGGAAUGGAAUGAGUGGACUUUCAUGGCCUCCUUCAUCCUUCUGGUUAACUUUUUCAGGUUAA